UGCUUUGUUUAAUAAAGAGAGAGUUCAGUAGCUUUUGUACCUAUAUUUGAGGGUCAUGGCCUCCUUUGCUGUGCUAUUCUCACACUUUGCAAUUCUUCUGCUGUCUGUUUUGUCUUUGGGAAGUUCAUUGAGCUUAGACUACUAUGAGAAGACAUGCCCCGGUGCCGACUUCAUCGUUACUAAAGCUGUCAGGGCUGCAGCAUAUAAAGACAAGACUGUUCCUGCUGCACUUCUCCGGAUGCACUUUCAUGACUGCUUUAUUAGGGGUUGUGAUGCAUCUAUACUGCUGAAUUCUGUAGGGAACAACAUAGCAGAGAAAGAUGGGCCACCUAAUCUGUCUUUGCACUCGUUUUUUGUGAUCGACAAUGCGAAGAAAGAACUGGAAUCUUAUUGUCCUGGUGUUGUCUCUUGUGCUGAUAUAUUGGCUUUGGCUGCAAGAGAUGCAAUUGUGCUUUCUGGAGGUCCAACAUGGGAUGUUCCUAAAGGAAGAAAGGAUGGAAGGAUAUCAAAGGCCAGUGAAACAAUACAAUUGCCAUCUCCAAGCUUCAACAUAUCUCAGCUGCAACAGAGCUUCUCACAAAGGGGAUUAUCCCUGGACGACUUAGUUGCUCUUUCAGGAGGACACACCUUAGGAUUUGCUCAUUGCUCAUCCUUCCAAGGUAGAAUCCGCAACUUCAGUCCGGCCAGCAACGUUGACCCUGAAAUGAACCCAUCCUUCGCAGCAAGUCUACGAAACAUGUGCCCAGUAAACAACAAGGUAAAAAAUGCUGGGUCUAACAUGGAUACUUCUCCAACCACAUUUGACAACAAUUACUACAGAUUGAUACUCCAAAAGAAGGGCCUGUUUUCUUCUGAUCAAGCUCUGCUCAACUUUCCUAAGACCAACAAUCUUGUUUAUAAGUUUGCAAGCUCAAAGGAAGCUUUUAACCGUGCAUUUGUUAAUUCUAUGAUCAAGAUGAGUAGCAUCACGGGAGGUCAGGAGAUCAGGAAGAAUUGUAGGGCAGUGAACUAAAAGCUACUCCUAGUCUAUGUGUUUUGUUUGCUAGCUUGUAUUCAGUAAUGAGAGUAAAGUGCCCAUUACUAGCUUGUAUUCAGUACUGUUGAAAUCGCGGUACAAAUAUUUUCUUCUAUAUUAUCACCAAUGGGAUGCCUUUAUUUUUGCC